GUCGCCUCGUCAGUCGUUACUGUUUGAGCCUCAGUUUUGCCUCGGUUUUCCGGGGAAAAUCAUAACGUCAAAAAGACAUUUUUGUGUUUGAUGUUACUAUGUUGGCUAAAAGUGUUACACACAAAGUGAGAAGCGUACAGAAGUCCUACAGGGGUGUUGCGUGAAUUACUACUAUUUUCAUAGUCAUGAUGGAAAACAUACAAUUCGGGUCUAUGGAGACCGCUGUGCUUGUCGUCGCCGCAACCACCGCACUAUUUUGCGUCAAGGUGUUGUUCCUCAGUUCAGAUCCCGUGGCCUUGGACCCAAAGAAGGUCAUCGAUUUCACUCUGAUUGAGAGGGAGGAUACAUCGCACGAUACAAGACGCUAUAGGUUUGCGUUACAGUCACCAGACCACGUCCUCGGUCUACCAAUUGGCAAGCACAUCCUGUUAUCCGCCAACUGUGGUAAGGACGGCAAGAAGUGCCUGCGCGCAUACACACCCGUCAGCUCAGACGCUGACAUGGGCUACUUCGACUUGGUUGUGAAGACCUACUUCCCGAACGUCCACCCCAAAUUCCCCGAUGGAGGCCGCAUGGGCAUGUACAUGGAGGAGAUGAAAGUGGGCGACAGCAUCGGUGUUCGCGGACCCGCUGGCAAAAUCACGUAUUCGGGACGCGGACAAGUGUUAGUGGAGAAGGGCAAGAUGAGGGAAAGUGGUUUCAAACGCGAGAACAACGAGAAGUUGUACGCCAAACAGAUCGGCAUGGUAUGCGGGGGCACUGGCAUCACCCCAAUGCUUCAGAUAGUGCGAGCGGCUAUGAAAGACCCACAGGACAAGACCGUCUUCCACCUACUGUUCGCCAACAAAACAGAGGAUGAUAUUCUGCUGCGCAGUGAGCUAGAGGCCUUCGCCAAGGACCAUCCCGAAUCGUUCAAGUUGUGGUUCACCAUUGAUGAGGCUAAAGACGAGUGGAAGUACGACACAGGCUUUAUCACCCAGGAAAUGAUGGAGAAGCACCUCCCAGCACCUUCUGAUGAUACGUUACUGAUGAUCUGUGGCCCCCCACCCAUGGUCAAGUUUGCGUGCUUGCCCGGCAUGGCUGUGAUUGGACACGAUUUCCACAAUAUUCUGGAGUUCUGAGUUAUAUUCACUAGUGUAACUUGACAGAGGGUCUGAUGAAGACCUAUAAAUAAACAAUUGAUUCGAAGACUUAAAUAAACAAUUGAUCGGCGUA